CAUUCUCAACCCUCGGCACUGUAUAUAAACGAGCUGAUGUAACAAUUUUCGCUCUCAAAAGUCCGCAUCAGAACUUCAGCUAAUCGAAAAAAACAAUUCUGUGUAUCGGACUUAGGACCAAAGUCGAAGCUGGUCAGGUGUGACAUGAUGCCGGGUCAGCUCCCGGACCCCUCCCUGACCACCGGCUCUCUCCCCAGCCUGGGCCCGCUGGCCGGGAUCCCCGCCACUACGCUGACCGACCAGCUCAAGUUCGCCCACCUGCGGGCCAUGGGGGGCGUGCUGUCCCCACUACAGUUCCUGGGCAGCUUGGGCAAAAGGCCCCUGCCCCUGGAAAUCAAGGACGAGAUGGAGGAGGACGAGGAGAGGAGGAAACGGAGGCGGGAGAAAAAUAAAGUGGCUGCCGCAAGGUGUCGGAACAAAAAGAAGGAGAGGACUGACUUCCUGCAGCGGGAGUCUGAGCGGCUGGAACUCCUGAACUCGGGCUUGAAGGCUCAGAUCGAGGAGCUGAAGCAGGAGCGGCAGCAGCUCAUCCUCAUGCUCAACCUGCACCGGCCCACCUGCAUCGUCCGGACCGAUAGCGUCAAGACCCCCGACGGCGAGGCCAACCCUCUGCUGGAGCAGCUGGCUGCCAAAUGAGGAGGGCGGAGCCCCCCCCCACCCCCCCCACCUCCACGGCGACCGUCGCCACGGGGACUGUUUACAGAGCGGCCAGCGGCGCUCGGCUCAGAGCUGUGUGCGUGUGUGCGUGCGCGUGCGUGUGUGUCUGCUGUGGCUCCCACCUGAUGCCUGCCCGUUUGAAGGCUUCUCCCCACCCCAGCAUUUAUAAGAGCCGGUUGAUGUGACUUUUGGCUCGCUUUCUUACCCCAGUUGUACUUAGCGCCACGUAGUCGAUGCUGGCGUUCGCUACAGUCAUGCAGACGGAUAAAAAGACUGCUCCUAAAUGGACUGCACCAUGCUGUUGUUGAGGAAACACUAAAUCAGUAUGGCAGAUCUGUCACACUUAACUGGAUGGAACCCAGUGUGUCACUCUUAUUUUUAUUUUUUUUGCCAAUGUAUACCUGUUGAAAUACACGUGUAGUAUUUUAUAAUACUGAUUCGUAUUCUGCCUUUUACAAAUGGCGGCCUCUGGUUUAACCUGCACUGUAGUGACGCAGGCGUCAUGAAAGCACAUAUAUAUAUAUAUAUAUAUAUAUAUAUAUAUAUAUAUAUAUAUAUAUAUAUAUAUAUACAAUGAGUUGUUUACAAUUUGUUUUUUAUUGCUACUUCCAGUUUUACACAAUACAUGUUUUUAUAUCGGUUUAUAUAUGUAUUAUAUAAAAUAUAUAUGUACUCACUAGAUGUGAUGCAUUUUAUGUCUGUUGCAAAUUGAUUGUUUUUUACACUAUGUUGAGUUGUCUGUGUUGCAUCGUUGUUUGCACGUUUUUUAAAAAAUGUGGUAAAUAUCCAUUCCCGGCAGAGUGGUGGCCACAUUUAUACCUGUAACAUGUAUUCCUUUGUUACUCUGUUCUAUAACAAUUAAAUACUGUUUUCAAAUGA